AUGUCAUCCACUACCCAGAAAACUAGCAAUAUUUGCCUCAACUGCUUUGUUCGUGACGAGACUGUGGAAGAUAUUUUCCCUAUAGUAAUUGAUAGGAAAUUGACCGCCAAUAACCUGGAAGCUACGAUCAAAAGUGCCCGGCAAGAUUUACAAGAAAUAAAGAUUGAUCUAUAUAGAAAAGAUUUCGCUCAGGACAAUCCUGCUUUGGUCUCUACUGUAAAUAGCUCUAAAGAAAGACAGGGGGUAUUAAUUGAUCCGCAAAAAAAAAUUUCUCAAUAUUUUUCCGAAGCUGAUGCUCUUCCAGUUUAUCUCCCGGUAGAUGGAAAAAAGGGUCCUGUUAACAUCAUCAUAUACCCUGAGGUAGUGUUGAAAAAAGAACCCGAUGAUAUUGGGCUCUAG